AUGAUUGUUUCACAAACUGUUUUCAUCAUGUCGCUUUCAGAUAGAGCAAUAUCUUCUCAUAUGUCAUCCAUGGGAAAUGCCUCUCCUCUUUCUUCUCCCCCCACAAUUCAGAUUGUCGGUGGAAAAAAUCCAGGGUGGUAUGGGAAUGGGGGUUCCAAUUCCAGUGAUCCAUUUGACGUCAACGAAGGAGAAAACUAUUGGGUUGAUCUUGAUGCUGAUCUUUAUCACUGGACAAAGUCGUUGCGCCCUGUUCAGUGGUAUCCUGGUCAUAUUGCCAAAACUGAGAAAGAACUAAAAGAACAACUGAAAUUGAUGGAUGUCGUGAUAGAAGUGCGAGAUGCAAGGAUUCCUAUGUCCACAAGUCAUCCACAGAUGGAUUCAUGGCUUGGCAAUAGAAAAAGAAUUUUAGUUUUGAAUAGAGAUGAUAUGAUAUCCACCGAGGACCGGAAUGAUUGGGCAACUUAUUUUGCAAGGCAAGGAACGAAGGUUGUCUUUUCCAAUGGGCAGCUUGGGAUGGGCACCAUGAAGUUGAAUAGGUUAGCAAAGGCAUUAGCAGCUGGUGUGAAUGUGAAGCGCAGAGCAAAAGGAUUACUUCCUCGUCCGGUUCGAGCUGGAAUAGUUGGGUAUCCGAACGUUGGUAAAUCAUCUUUGAUAAACCGUUUGCUGAAGCGCCGGAUGUGUCCAGCUGCUCCAAGACCAGGAGUUACAAGAGAAUUGAAAUGGGUUCGAUUUGGGAAGGAUCUGGAGUUGCUGGAUUCCCCUGGUAUAAUCCCAAUGCGGAUAAGCGAUCAGACAUCAGCAAUAAAGCUUGCCAUAUGUGAUGAUAUUGGGGAAAGAUCCUAUAAUGUCAUUGAUGUUGCGGCCAUUCUUGUACAAAUGCUUUCAAGGCUUCCAACAGUUGGUACAAAAGCUCUUUACAAGCGCUACAAGAUUGACACAGAUGGUCACUGUGGUAAAACAUUUGUUGAGAAGCUCGCACUCCAAUUGUUCAAUGGAGACACUAAUCAAGCGGCAUUUCGUGUCUUGACAGACUUCCGAAAAGGGAAAUUUGGUUGGAUUUCCCUGGAGAAGCCUCCCAGAUAAUUACUCUGGGAAAUUUCCUUUCUUAAAGGCGAGCAUAUCUGGUGGCUGUAUCGUUCUAACAUCUUGAAAGCUGGAGCUCUUCUACUACCAAGUAUUUGAACAUGGGUCGAGUAUAUAAAACUUGCAAGGAUUUGGUGCUAAAGUGGAAGACCGAGAUCCUAAUUCUACCGAACAAGGAGAUAAGAUACUGGGAUUGUAAAAGACCCCUUUUGGUGAAUGCCUCAUCACAUACUCAUCAUACCCCUUUUGAAUUUGUAAGAUGCAAUUCAUUUAAAUAUGUUUAUGUAUUUGAACAAGUUUAAACGAGUGUAAUUGAACAAAUUCACCUAUUGAAUUUGCCAUCUCUCAUUAAUAACGGCCUUCCAAUAAUUGACCAA